GAUGCUUUAGAUUUAUAUCCGUCAAAACCAUUCAAUCUGUGUAGAGUAGUAUAGUUUGAUUAACUAUGUCUAUAGUUGAUCCUAUGGACCUCAUCAUCAUGGUUAUGUACAUGUUGGUUCUGGUAACAGUUCUAGGCAAUAUCCUGGUUCUAGUCUCGAUCUUAACCCAGGAUAAAACUCGUGCGGUUCGAUCCAACAAGUUCCUUGUCUCCUUGGCUUGUGCUGAUCUCUGUGUGGGUAUAUUUGUUAUGCUCCCAAGUAUAUUGAAGAUACAGGCUGGGAGCUGGAGCUGGGGACCAACCCCCUGCAAGAUCUGGGUUACUCUCGACGUUUUCUUCUGCUCUGCCUCCAUCUACAGUCUCAUUGGAAUCAGCUUGGACAGAUUCUACGCGAUUUACAAACCUUUGAACUAUGCGAUUGAAAAAACUCACUGGUGUGUUUACUUUCUGAUAGGAUUUGCCUGGUUAAUGGCCUGUAUCAUCUCAUUCCCGAUGUACAUCCGGUUCAACAAGUUCUCAAACUGGACCCGGACAGUGGAUAAGAACUUCAACGCCUGCUCUACCCCUGCUGAACCCUCGUCCAAAGGUUGGGUCUUGUUUGCUGGAAUACUAGCGUUCAUAUUCCCAAUGUUGAUCCUCACCACCCUGUAUAUUGCCAUCGGAUUAAGAAUGCGAAAACGUCAGAGCGGAAAAAUAACACGAGCCAAGACAAACCUGAAGAUGGCGGUGAGGGCAAAUGUGUGGAAAGGAGGGAACAAGGUUGAGGUUGUGGUCAACACCCCCCAGGACGAACUCCAGGUUCCAGGUUGUAUCAUGAACCCUGACUCCGGAUUUCAAGAACCACAGGUCAGAGAGAUAUCAGUGAUUGGUCUGAAAGCUGAACAGAUCAAUGUUGAUCCUGAAAGUAUGACCAGCUACAAGGAAACAGAUAUUGAUGAAACACGUUCAGGACUUAAGGGUUUACAGGGGCUACAAGAGCAUGAAAUCAAACAACUCAUGGUUCUGGAAAAGAUCGGGGUUCGGAAAACCAAACAUCUAUCCAGGGCGGAGAAGAAACUAAGAUCAGAGGAGAAGGUUCAAACCAAGAUAACAAUCAUGAUGGGAGUCAUCAUAGGAUCCUUUGCAGCCUGCUGGACACCGUUUGCAGUUAUGUUCUUCGCAGCACCCUUCUCCCUUGAGCUAGGGGAGUUCUUGGAGAAGUAUGAAGCUGUUACUGAUACUAUAACCUGGAUAGGUUAUCUUAACUCAUGUAUCAAUCCUAUUAUAUAUGCCUCCAUGAACACUGAAAUAAGGAAUGGAAUGGUCAAGUUCUUGUGCCCUAUGAGCAAAAUGUAAAUAAAUGUUUUGAUAAAUUAUUUUGUAAAUAAAAAUAGAAUUAAGUCUUAAAACAAAUGAGAAAAUCUGAAGGGAAAAAUUUAUUGAAUACUGAACCUAUGAAAAAUUCGUUGAUUGAUAGGUUUCUAGAUUACAUGGAUUACAGGGAGUCCCAAUAAGCAUGAACAUUGAAUGAUCAUGCAUUUAAGGUAAAUUUCAGGAUAAAAUAAAUUCAGGGUUUGAUAAAUAAAUGUUGAAUGGACCAAGGACAGUUUUAAAUGCUCAAACUAAAUUUUCUUGUAUUUUGGGACAUCCUGUAUCAUCAAUUUCCGAGUAUA